AUGAACAUAAGGCUCAUUAUUGUCGUCAGCCAACACAGGCAGAGAACCUGUGCUGCCAACACAGCAGCAGUGCAAGACCAGAAGGCAGCAACAGGUCCCAUGAGACUUUACGUUGGCUCACUGCACUUUAACAUCACAGAGGACAUGCUUAGGAGUAUUUUUGAACCAUUUGGGAAAAUUGAUCACAUCCAGUUGAUAAUGGACUCCGAGACUGGAAGAUCAAAAGGCUAUGGCUUUAUCGCAGUAGGGUGUGAUGCGAAGGAGAAGGAAAUUUUCUGGAAGAACAUGGGAGAAGUCAUGCUAGAGAUCCCAGGGACGGAGAAAGUCUGGAUAGGAGCGGACCUUAAUGGUCAUGUAGGAGGAGUGGAUGGGUAUGGAAGCAACAUCGGGAAGUUUGGAUUUGGAACACGGAACGAAGAGGGGGACAAAAUUCUGGAAUUUGUGGCGGCAAACAAUCUUGCGAUCACAAACACCUACUUCCAGAAAAGCGACUCCAGAAGGAUCACCUAUACCAGUGGCGGUGUGAAUUCCCAAGUGGACUACAUCGUCUGCAGAAGGAGUGAGCUAAAAAGGGUACAAGACUGCAAGGUACUGCCAGGAGAAGCCGUAGCAAAACAACACAAAGUAGUCACCUGCACAGCGACAGUCAAGGCAGAGAAAACGAAGAAGAGAGAAAGGACAAGGAAGACACGAUGGUAG